GAUUUGAUCUUGCUUAAUAUUCCCAUCAGUACACAGAUCAAACAUGUCAGAUGAGCCAGAUCAGAGCAGCUCAAAUGCAGCGGCUGUAGCAGAUAAGGACGCCUCGGACGAGGUCACAACCCAGCCGACGACAUCUCCGGAAGCCAAAGAUAUGCGAGAACAUGGAGAAGAUGUGAUGGAGAACUCUCAGGAAAUCAGGCCGCCUCUACCGCCUAGACCAUCCAAUCUGGAUCUACUGGAAGAACGGGGUUCUGGAGGUUCGAUCCGAUUGCCGAAACGAAUGGCUUCACGGCCAAACUUGCAAGCACGACCGACGACCGCAGUUUCCUUGACAGAUGUCCACACAUCAAACAAUUUCGAAGACCGAAGAUCUCGCAAUCUUUCUCCACCAAGCCGGCCUGUGUCGAGGAAACAGAGUACGGCCACUAUUAACAGGUUUCGAAGUCGCGUCGGUAGUGACGCAGCAGAAACGAGCAGUUUACGCAGCUACGCCAAUACGGUCGGGACUGCUGGUGAGAUGGAAAGUCUACUUGGGGACCCAUUCCCUACAAGUCCUGCGUGGAAGGCACUGAGCGCGCAAUUGGAAAAGGAAAACCCAAUGGAUCAUGUUUUCGAUGAGGACGAUAUCUUCAGCCUCCGGAUGCAUCAUGAGUUUGAUGAGUUGGAGGAGUUUCGGUCCAAUGGCACGAAUGAGGAGUUUUUGAUGAAUUCGUGGACAUCGAAACUCAAGCACUUCUUCAUCUUGUCAUCGGCGGGGAAACCCAUCUGGAGUCGACAUGGUGAUGACCAAGUCAUUGCCAAUCAUAUCGGAAUACUCCAGACCCUUAUAUCUUUCUAUCAGGACGUCAAUGACAACCUACGAGGCUUCACGGCAGGAAACGCGAGAUUCGUGAUUCUGUCCAAGGGUCAUUUGAACUUGGCAGCCAUUAGCAGACUCGGCGAGAGUGACUUACAGCUUAAGACGCAGCUGGAAUCUCUGUACAUGCAGAUUCUGUCAACACUCACUCUGCCCAGCAUGCAGCGCAUGUUUUCAAACAGACCUUCUACGGAUCUGCGACGACCGCUCCAAGGCACAGAAGUUUUGCUCGGCGCAUUGGCCGAUGGCUUCACAAGAGGUUCUCUGCCCACCCUGCUCUCAGCACUCGAAUGCUUGAAAAUCAGGAAAUCACACCGUCAAGUCAUCAACAAUACCCUUCUCAAAGUCAAGUCGCCAAAUCUUCUCUACGGUCUCAUGGUAGCAGGAGGCAGACUGGUGAGCGUAGUACGACCCAGAAAACACUCUCUACACCCGGGAGACCUUCAACUCAUCUUCAACAUGCUCUUCGAAGCCGGGAGCGUCAAAACCGGCGGUGGCGAGAAUUGGAUCCCAUUGUGUUUGCCCGGAUUCAACAAUACAGGUUUCUUGUACAUGUAUGUAAGUUUCCUGGACCUUGGCGACGAGCAUGCCAAAGUGUCAGAAGAGCGACCGCAGACUUCUUCGACCAGAGAUGAUGAUCAACUAGCCAUCAUCCUCAUCAGUGCAGACAAAGAAGCCUUUUACGAAUUACGCCAGAUGCGCGACGAUUUGAUUGAACAACUCAACCAAAACAACAGCAUGACAAUCCUAAAAUCCUCCAUCCGCCACGGCCGCCCUUCCAUCCCUUCCAUCCUCCCUUCCUCCCCCCUCCUCCACUUCAUCUACAAAUCCCGCCCCAACGUCCAAUUCUUCUGCCCGUCCUUUUCCCCACACUUUACAUCCCUGGUGCCCCACCGUCGUCUCGUCUCCCUAUACUCCGCUCUACACACCAGCAUCCACAACAAAACCGCACAUUUAAAAGUCCACUACGCUUGCGCCAGAGAUGCCGUGGCGUUGGGCUGGGAAACGGGGCAGUAUGAGGUUUAUGCUGUCGCGGGGGGUGGAGUCGAGAGGGCGGUUUUGGCGAAAGCGGCGCAGGAGGUUGUGAGGUGGGUCAAGAGGGAGGAGGAGAGGGUGUUUAUCAUUGGUGGUGCUGUGUUUUAGAGGGGAAGAGAUUGAUCCGAGGUGGAGAUUGACGUUUUCCGGUAGAAUAGAAUAUCGAAUUUCUCCUUUUCGUGGUGCAGGAAGUGAGAGUUGGGUUUUUUUAUCUGUGCUUGUAAUCUGGCGGGAUUGGCAUAUUGUAUCUUGCUGUGAAAGAUUGUUUUUAUGGGAAUCUCAUCAUGUUAUAUGCAAGAAAAGCGUGGCAACAGAUGAUACUAUUUGCUAGACCAUGGCAACAGAUGAUACAAUCUGCUGAAGAUCACA